AUGUCUUUUUCUUCAGAUCACCCCAUCAGCACCCUUGCCAAUGGCCAGCCAAGUGCCGACCCAGGCUCUGUGCAGCAAGUUCGCUAUGGCAACAGCAAUGGUGGCUUAGUCGUCUUGAGCGAUACCCAAACCAUCGAAGUUCUCGCCCACUUUGCACGUGAACGUAUUCCUGAACGGAGCGUGCAUGCAAAAGCAGCCGGUGCCUUUGGAGAGUUUGAAGUUCUUGAGGACGUCUCUGAUAUAACUGAUGCGGAUUUCCUCACUGGCAUUGGAAAGAAGACCAAGGUCUUGACUCGUAUCUCAACCGUCGGUGGAGAAAAGGGAUCUGCCGACACAGUUCGUGAUGUCCGAGGCUGGGCAAUCAAGUUCUACACAGAGGAGGGCAUCCAGGACUUCGUCUUCAAUGAUCUUCCUGUCUUCUUUAUUCGGGACCCCAUUAAAUUUCCGUCCAUGAACCGAAGCCACAAGAGGCACCCUCAGACCAAUGUGCCAGACAAUGCCAUGUUCUGGGAUUUCCAUAAGAACAACCCGGAGGGUAUUCACGCUCUGAUGCACCUGUUUGGAUCGCGUGGUAUUCCUGCCUCUCUCAAGAAUAUCAAUGGCUAUAGUGUUCACAGUUAUACCUUGAGCAAAGCGGAUGGGAGCUAUGUCUACGUCAAGUGGCAUUUCAAGCCAGACGAUGGCGUCAAAACCAUGGACUCAAAAACGGCGGUCCGUCUCGCCGGGUCAGACCCAGACUACCAUGUGAAGGAUCUUUUCCAUUCUAUCGAGAACGGAAAGUACCCAACCUGGUCUGUGUGCGUCCAAGUCAUGAAGCCUGAAGAGGUCAAAUCGGCACCUAUUGACAUUUUCGACUGCACGUUUACUUGGCCAUAUGACAAAUAUCCUCUGCGCCGCAUUGGUCGCUUGACUCUUAAUAAGAACCCAAACAACUACUUCCAAGAUAUCGAGCAAGCUUGCUUCUCGCCUUCUAACAUGGUUCCAGGCAUUGGACCCUCAGCAGAUCCUGUUCUGCAAGCGAGAAUGUUCAGCUAUCCCGACGCUCACCGCUAUCGUGUUGGGCCAAAUUACUUCCAGCUCCCGCCAAACCGGCCAACCAAUACCGUCUACGCCCCAUAUGUGCGGGAUGGUCCCGGAACUAUUAAUGGCAAUUAUGGCAGUGACCCAGACUACGUCUUCUCGGAGCUUCGCCCGGUUAGACAGAGCAAACGGGUCCAGAUACCACUCCAAGAGCACUGGACAGGACCAGUGACGGCCUUCGCUACCCAACUUAGCGACAAAGAUUUUGUACAGGCUCGCCAACUUUGGCAGAUCAUCUGCAAGGAGCCUAAUGGCAAGGAGCAUUUCCUUCAUAACAUCAUUCCGACGUUGGAGGACAUCCCUGUCAAUCUAAAGAAGGAAGUUCUUAAGUACUUUGGACGUGUCGAUCCAUCCUUGCAACAAUGCCUUGAACAAGGGCUGUCGAAAUAA